CUCAUCUUUCUGUAGCGCUAACCCAUUCUUCAUCAUAAUAAUCACGUAUUUUGUCACCGGCCAGCCUCCGCUCUUGAGAACUCUAGAAUAGUUCGCGCUACUAUUCUGCGAGAAUCCAAUCCAGAUAACAAAAUUCUCAACAACAAGCCAGUCAACAUGUGUAUCGAAGUCCAUACCCGCUACCGCCGCUGCGCCCACGCCUCCCCACUUCGCUGGGACUACUGCGCCAUACUCACACCCCGUGAACGUCAACCCGCCACUGGCCGCUCCUGCCGAAGAUACAAAAUGCGCUACAAAGAGUCCUCCGAUAACAGCGCUUGUUUCGAAUGCAAGUUGACCGAAGUCACUGGGUGGAGCGCAGCAACAUCACCAACAGCCUCGAAGUUCCCGGAGAGAUCGCCUACCGUGUCUAGUUUCUUGAGCGAUGGUGAAGAGAACGGGAAGACGAUGUGGUCGCCGCCGUUUUCUCCGACGUUUAUGGAGAGGUCGCCGACUUUUGCGACGUUUAGUGGUGCGACGGGAUUAUUGGGUGGGAAAAGGGACAGGGAUAGUAAGGGGAGCGAGGUCAGUAUUGUCGCCAGUGAUGAGCCGUUGAGCCCUGGCGUGCCGACGAAGGGGGACUGGCGGACUAGCGGCGAUAGCAAGGAGAGUCAGGGCAAAGAGCAGCAGGGCGAGGAAGUAGGGGAACGCGGGUUGAAAGGUUGGUUCAGGAACAAAUUCAAGUCAAGAGAAGGGUACAACGGCGGGGUAUUGGGGUUUCAGAUGAUGGAUGCGUAGCUGGCAUGAGGUACCCAGAGGAAUACAUGGGUACAUGAUUAUUCGAAAGUCGACAAAGACUACAGUGAGUACCUCCAGGCUCUACCAAAGCUUUGUCUCAAAUCUCUCCCGCAGCUUCUCAUAUUUCUUCACAUCACCUACACUCGGCCUGACCGUCUUCGCCGCCUCGACGAAAUCCAGCUCUUCGACGACCUCGCUGCGCCUUCGCAGUGCGUGUUGUCCGGCUUUACGCAACAAACUCUCCAAAUCAGCACCCGAAAAGUUGUUGCAGACGU